AUGACGACCGUCUGGCACGCCUUCUACGACCUGCUUCGCCAGUAUGGCCUCACCACCAUCUUUGGUAACCCCGGAUCUACGGAACAGCCCAUGCUCAAGAACUUCCCUGCCGACUUCCAGUAUAUUCUUGCCCUCCAGGAAGCCUCCGUCGUUGGAAUGGCAGAUGGAUAUGCCCAGGCUACACGCAAGCCUGCCGUCGUCAGUCUGCACACCUCGGCCGGCACCGGCAAUGCCAUGGGCAAUAUCAUGACCGCAUAUCUCAACAAGACUCCCCUAAUUCUUAUUGCUGGCCAGCAGACGAGGAAAAUGAUUAUUGGCGAGCCGCUCCUCACCAACCGAGAAGAGACAACGCUGCCCAAGCCCUACGUCAAGUGGGCGUACCAGCCCACUAGAGCAGAGGACGUUCCGGCCGCCCUCAUCAGAGCCAUUGCGGUGGCCACUACUGCCCCGGCAGGGCCUGUGUAUCUUUCAAUCCCCAUGGAUGACUGGGAUGUCGAAUUGGAACAAGUCCCCAUCCCUCGCAGCAUUGUGUCCCAGGCGGGCCCAGACCCUGAUGCCCUUGCCGCGUACGCAAAGACAAUCCGAGGUGCCAAGAACUUUGCGCUUGUUCUUGGACAGGAAGUUGACAGAAGUCUUGGAUGGGAGGCAGCUGUAAAGCUAGCUGAACUCAUCAAAGCACCAGUCUUUCAGGCGCCUCUGUCUGAGAGGGCCGUCUUCCCAGAGUGCCAUCCGCUCUACCGAGGCAUGCUGCCGCUUGCCAAAGGACCACUUGGACAAGCACUUGAUGGCUUCGAUGUUGUGCUUGUGGUUGGCGCCGAAGUUUGGCGGUACUACCCGUACAUCCCCGGAGACAUCAUUCCGGAGGGCACCAAGCUUCUGCACGUCACAAACGACCCAGACUUUGCUGCGCGUGCCCUCGUCGGCGAUACUAUUGUAGCGGAUGCUAGACUCGCUCUGCAGGCCAUGUAUACUCUGCUUGCAUCGUCGCCGCCCAACUUCAAGGCCGAAGAUCGACCUGCGCAGCCGGCGUACAAGUUUACCGAAGGGCCAGUCAUGUCAGCUAUGGACGCAUGGGUAUCUUUGGCUGCGGUCCGACCACGGGAUGCCAUUCUAGUGCAAGAGUCGCCAUCAAAUGGUUUACAGCUACUUGCCGCAUGGCCUGCUGAGGUUCCAGAAUCCUAUUUCACGUUUGCGAGUGGUGGUCUUGGAUGGGCCGCUCCCGCUGCUGUUGGUAUCGCACUGGCUGAGCGUCAUAAGUGCACCAACCGCCCUGUGGUGUUGGCGAUUGGAGAUGGCAGUUUGCAUUACUCUGUGCAGAGUAUAUACUCAGCAGUGCAGAAUAAGCUCAAGGUCAUCUAUCUGGUACCGAAUAAUCAGGAAUAUGCCAUUCUCAAGGCCUUUGCGCUGCUCGAGGAUACACCCAAUGUUCCCGCCCUGGAUUUACCCGGUCUUGACGCAGUAGCCGUAGGAAAGGCCUAUGGAUGCCCGUCGUACAAAGCAUUUAACCCAGCAGAACUGCAGGACCUGUUUAAAAAGGCAUUGGCGACGGAUGGUCCGACGUUGAUUGAGUUUGUGGUUUCCAAGACGAACAAGUCCCUGCUGUAA